UCAGUGUAUAAGAAAUUAUAUAUAUUUUUAAAAAGUGAUUCCUAUUGUUACGGUGUAUGUGUAUAGUGUGCUUAGUGCCCAAUAGUGCCUGUUAUAUAUUUUUUUUCGUGUAUAUUCGAGAAAAUUGAAGAUAUUUACUAAUAAAAAUAUAUUUAUAUUAUAAUAAUUAAAAGAAGUAGAAAGGUGAAAAUAUUUCUCUAAAAUAAGAUUUGAAAUGGCGAUAUAAGUAUAGUCGAGUUGGAUAUUUUUAACGGUAAAAAAAAUGUUGUGUAGUGUAUAUUUAUAACCUGACAGUUUACAAAGAGAAAUAUGUCAGAGUUAGAAAUGGAUUCUGGAGCAUUGGAAGCUGAGGAGAAUUGUGAAUCUCUCGAUGAAAAUGAUAUUAUUGAUGUUGAUUCAAUGGAUCUUGAGGACAAUGAUCGUUGGUUGUGUGAUUAUAAUCAAUGUUCAUCGGAGUCAAGAGUUCACGAUUUGUACGCAUGGCUUAAAUCGGAUCCAUCAGAAUCUCAAUCACACACGAAUGUUCUGAAGAAAUCCAUAGACACAAGGACAUUUACUAGAGUUAAACGACGAACCAAUAGAAUGAGUUUCGACGCAAUAAUGGAAUCGUUAGCAACUCCGGCGCGAGUUUCAACUGAAUCACCUAAAGUUCCGGGUCAAUUUCGAAUGGACGAAGUGACACCACAGAAAUUAAUGGAAGUUCCAGCAAUGUUAAGACCAAAAAAUUCCCUAAUUGCUCAUUCACAAGCGGGUUCAAUGAAUCAGGAGAGUCUCGAAAUAUUUUUAAAUCUCUCACAAUCGAAUUCAGAAUUUUCCGAAAUAAUGAACGAAUCACAGCCAUCGCUAUUGUAUUCGUCGAUAAUAUCGAAUAAUGCCGAUGAAACGACAUUCAAACGAAACGAAUCACUCUGCGAUAUGGAUUCGGGAAUUCUCUCCGAAUCAAUGAUGCAAGCGAGUAUAUUUCAAGAGUCAUUGAAUAUUAACAGUUUCACGGAACACAAUUACGAUAAUAAUGAUGAUGAUGAUAUUGAUGUUGAUGUGUGUGCUGAUAAUUUGAAACGUACUUUAAAUUUACUUUGCGCCAAUCCUUUGGAUGAGACGAAAAUUUACACCAGCCCACAAGGCGUGAAUAAAAAUUGUCCGAGUCCAAAUUUUGAUGAAACGAAAAUUUGCACGAGUCCACAUAAUCGGACAUUAACUGCUGGCAAUUCUUUGGAUAUGACAAAAGUUCACGUCAGUCCUUUGAAUGAGACGAAAAUUUGUGAGAAUACUUUCGACGCGACGAGGGAAAAUAUUGGUCAUUUUGAUUCGAGAAAACUUGAAUGCAGUCCUAUGGAGAGGACGUUCAUUAAUGAGAGGCAUUCACCGGCAUUGAGUUUCACGGAAAAGGCAAGUUCCACUCUACACGAAGAAAAAGCGUUCUCGCCACUAUUUAUGUCAAAGCACGAAUUCGACACAUCAACACCAGAGGAGGGAAAAUUGGCCCUUUUUGAAAAAUUCGACAAUUUGAAUGCAACAAAAAUCAACGAAAAUUCAAUGGAGAAUGCAUUGAUUGACGCCGAUAUGACAUUCAACGUGAAACGUCUAUCAUGUCAAACAUUCAUCGAUAAUUCAAAUUCAAUUUUAAAUCGCAAUAUAAAUAAUAAUAAUAGUUCAACGAAAAUAAAUCCAACUAGUCUUCGACAGGAAUUACUCGAGGAAGUUGAAAGAAGUUGUUCGAAAAAUUCCCAUGAAUUAGAAUCAAAGAUGAUGACGAAGAAGAAGGAAUUGAAUACAACUUAUGAAAAUUCCUCGGAAGUAUUGUCGGCGCCAAUUGAUUAUUACAAAACAUAUAAAAAGGAUAGUUUGAAGAAAAUCAAGGAAAAUAUUUCAAUUGGUAGGUUUCAAACUUUUCGUAAAACAACAAAUAGAGAUGAGACAUUUAUGAAGAAAGAUGAUGAUGAGGAAGUUAAUGCGACAUUUUCCAAAAAUGAUGAAAGGCAAAAUUUCGAUGCCACUUAUUCUUCGAAUGAAAUUUUAACCGACGAUACGACUUUUUCGAAAAAUCAACAAGUGCCGGAGAAAAUUGUUAAUUCGACAUUUUGCAAACCGAUGAAAAAGGCGGAAAUUCCUGCCGAGCCAGAGCAGCAGAAUUCGACGUUCGUGAAACCAAAACUGCGGAAAUUGCCAUCGCCGAAGAGUUUCUCGCGACUUCCGCAAUUUUUGCAAAAAUCAAAUCCGAACAUUCCAACUUCGAAUGCAUUGCGAACGUUGAAGCCGCCGGGGAGUUUUGCCUACGCGAAAGGCUCGCAGCCGAAUAUACCGAGGAAUUUGGGUUUAUAUGCACUUGGUAAAUAUAAGAGUGAAACGGAUCAGAGAAUAAUUGGCGCGAUGAGGAAUUCAACGGAACAAAUUGGCAAUGCUGGUGGGUCAACGGAAAGUAUUGAGAGUACACAAAGUGCGCCCGAUUUGGACGAUCGAUUGAGCGUCUGCUCGGACAGUAGUCGGAGUUCUUAUACAAUUUCCACCACUGCGAGGACAAUCGUCAGACAAUCGAAUGUCACCAAUUCAAGGCUCAUGCAGAAAUUUAUUCCACAUGGUCUAAAUCCAGAAUCGACGCCAAAACCAAAUAGACAAAUUCUUGAAAACACCUGGAUGCAGUCGGAGAAGGAUUUACCGUCGCCAAUUUUAAAGAAUAAUAUCGAGAGUCUGCAAAGCAAUAUUUUGUCGGAUAAUAAUAUAAAGUCAAGUUCACCUCUUCUCAGUCCUUGUGGUUCCAGUGAAAAUAUUAAUUCUCUAGAUAUUGUUAAAAACAAUGUUCAAGAGAUGAAAACGGCAACAGUAGAAGAGAAAUUAACAAUAAAGGCGCCUAAUGUUUCGUCGAAUCGUCCGAAGAGUCCAGUCGAAUCGAAAUUAAAAUUAAGGCCCCCGACGAACUACAAUGCGACGAGACCUGCGAGUGUCGCCAGUGGAAUUCCAAGACCAACAUCACGGAUUCCAGCGCCAAAAUUCACACGACCACUUUCACGAAUUCAGGACCCAAAGAAAGGCUGAUGAAAAAAAAUGCUCAAUAUUGGCUUUUUUUCCCUUCUUCUCCUAAUUUAAGGGCAUAUUCCCAAAAAAUGAAAUUUAUAUAUUUUUCUACGAUUUUUCGUAAAAUGUAAUAAUUCAUUUUCUUUUUUGCGGUUCGUCCGAUAGAAAGUUUUCUCACAAAUAUCUCGUUUCUUCGAAGGAACGUAAAAAUCAAUUUAAAGAAUUUGUUUUUUUUUUUUUUGCAGAAAAUUAUUUUGUCGACUUUUCGAAAGUUGAUAUUGUGUUUAUAUUUUACGAAUUGACUUUUUUUUAUUAUUUUUUUUUCUUAAAGAAAGAUGGUUGUGAUUUUUGAUAUGAAAUUUGUAUAUUAAAAUGGUAUGAAAGUUUUUUUUUUUAUUUCCAGUUUCAUUUAAUUUAUUUGCUGG